UCCCGCGAAGCCGCCCAGCUCAACGCCGCCCUAACCCCCCGCACCACCCGUCGAACCACGCGUUCCACACCUCUCACCCCCGACACCACCACCUCUUCUCCAUACCUCAAACGCAAACGCUCCUCCUCCCCCCUCCCCAAAGCAGAACCUAUCCCCCGCCCCACCAAGGCGCCCAAAGCUCAACCAAAACCGACACCCCGCCCUACCAAAGCGCUCAAAACCGAGCCACAUGCCGCUCCAGCGCGCUGGGAAGAGGUAUACGCCGUGACGCAAGCGAUGCGGGCGGACAUAGUCGCGCCAGUCGACACGAUGGGAUGUGCGACGCUGGCGGAUCCGACGGCCUCGGCGCGCGACCAGCGGUUCCAGACGCUGGUGGCGCUGAUGCUGUCGUCGCAGACGAAGGACGUGGUGACGGCGGCGGCGAUGGGGCGGUUGCGGGAGGAGGUGCCAGGGGUAUGUGAAGAAGAUAGGGUGGAUAGUGGCUUCAACCUUGAAUCGAUCCUCGCCCUCCCCGCACCGCGGCUAAACGAGCUCAUCGCAAAAGUCGGCUUCCACAACGUCAAAACGGCGUACAUCCUCCGCACCGCCGCCAUCCUCCGCGACGAGCACGAUUCCGACAUUCCCGCUACCAUUGUCGGCCUCACGUCCCUCCCCGGAGUCGGCCCCAAGAUGGCCUACCUCUGCCUGUCGGCGGCGUGGGGUCGCGACGAGGGGAUUGGCGUCGACGUGCACGUGCAUCGGAUCACGAAUCGGUGGGGGUGGAAUAGGACGAAGGGGCCGGAGGAGACGCGGAAGGCGUUGGAGGGGUGGUUGCCGAGGGAUAAGUGGAAUGAGAUCAAUCAUUUGUUGGUGGGGUUUGGGCAGACCAUCUGCGCGCCGGUGCGGCCGCGGUGCGGAGAGUGUGGGUUGGCGGAGAAGGGGCUUUGCCCGAGUGCGAAGGUGGUGAAGGGGAAGAGCAGCGUGGUAAAGAAGGAG